AUGGCAGCUGUAUCAAUUGAAAUGCGUUCCCUGAUGGAAGGAGAUUCAAGAACUGAACAAACUGACGAGGCCAGACUGUAUAUACGGGACCUUCCUAGUCAUGUAGCAAGACAUACAACAUCGACCGUUAUGAGAAACCAAGUGACAACAAGACGAAAAAGCCGUGGGACUUCUGUAAAAAAACGUUCGGGGGCGCUGAAGAGACAAGGUAAACGCGAUGGUACCCCGUCAACGGCUUGGAGCAGCGAUGGUGAUCAGGAGCCAACGGCAGGACCGAUUUCAUCGACUGAUGAAGAAGUGUUGGAGAAUGUCGACUUUAAGGCUGUUCCGCUACCCAUGUCUCUUAGACGACGAUAUAAGCAGUCACUUAGGGCAAGGGCUCCUAGGAGAGUUUCAGGGUGGAAAGUUUUUAUAUUGAACGUGGCAAUGGGAUGGAAGCACUUCCAGACCGGUAUCAAAGAAUGCAUUUAUUCUCUCGAAUUGUGGCGAGGUCAUCUUAAAGACAUUGAAGGGCAAUUUGGAAGCGGGGUGGUUUCGUAUUUCGUUUUCCUUCGCUGGCUCAUGUUUCUGAAUUUAUUUGUGUUUCUGAUCGAAUUUGGAUUUGUUUCCCUACCAACACUGUUGAUUUGUACAGACGCGGGCGGUGACAGUGCAAUUAAUGUAACGAGCUGUAAAUAUGAGGUUAAUUACGCGGCCAAAACUGGCUCAGACAACUCGACAGGCAACAGCUUUUCAACAAUGGUGUUAGACUUUAUCACUGGUCAGGGAUGGAUUAGUAACACUAUCAUGUUUUACAGCAGCUAUCCCUCUGAAGCUAUUGUAUCUCAAGAGGGAGUCAGAUACCAUUUACCAUUAGCCUACCUUCUAACGGGUGGAGCUUACUUUCUCUUUUGCCUUGUGAUAAUGAUACACAGCGCAUCCAUUGGGCUAAAGGAGAGUUACAUUAACAGCGAGGGCGUUUUCAAUUCCUCUUGCAACCGUUUGUUUUCCGCUUGGGACUACUGCAUCUCUGAGAAGAGCGCCGCGAUGCACAAGAAGCAGAUGAUCGUGCAGGAUAUUCGCUUCGAGUUAGAAGAAGGGGCAAGAUUACUUCGAGUGCAAAAGAGGUCUAGAAAACAGAAAAUGGUGCUCUAUGGGACGAGGAUUGUCAUCAACUUGUUUAUAGUUCCGGCCUUGUGGUAUGUUUCCUUUGUACUCGUGGUUGGAGUUAUCAUUGGCAAGAAAGUUACAGAGGAAGGACGCAGUAAGGUUGAGCAGAUGCUUAUAAGGUAAUGAUUACUAUAUAGAUUUAGCCAAGGCUAAAAGCGCAGCUCUCGUUAAUAUCUCAAGCAAAAAUAAAAUUGUUUAUAACGGCGACGGCAACAAGAACGGCGCAAAAAACAAAACAAAGCAGAGCAAAAAAAAUAGACUUAGUCCUUAUUUCUAAACUAUAUAACUGUAAAAAGUUCAUCCUAAAGAAACCCUCAGGAUCUUAAGAAUUGCUAUUACAACUGCGUGAUCAUAUCUUCAUUUAAAGAGGCUGUGUCUCGCUACUUGCUAAAAUCUUUUUCAAAAACUAAAAAAAAUUUUGGCAUUAAUUAAAUUCCACAAACAGUGCCUCAGUUUUGUUACCUCAUUAUCACUUAUUUUCUCGUGACUUUAAUUUCGCGAAUUUGGAAUACAAAUAUUUCGCGGUACUUAAAUUUCGCGAUUCUGACGAAUCAUCGUUUUUCAAGGUAAUUACAUUUCGCAACUGUCAAGUACACUGGUGCUCGUUUUUUACACUUCCAUUUCCAUAACGAAAUAGAAACGCAACAAGCAACUGGCCGAAAUGUUCAACAAUGUCAGCAACAUAACAUCUUUUAAAAGUACACUGAUAUGAGCAACCAAGGCACUAAUCAUUCAGCAAGAUUAGUCAGAUGAUGAGGAAUAAGGACAUGCGUUGAACUUAAAUUUGAGCCAUCCUACUCGAAUGUACUCCUUGCAGACGGAAAACUUAGAUAAAGGUUUUUUACAUAUAGGUCACUAAACUUCGCGUCUUUAAUUUCGCGAAUUUUUUUUUAAUUCGCGAAAAUAAGUGAUAAGAAGGUAUUAGACUAUAUUUAGGCAUAGAAACUGUUUUCUGUCGACUGAUAAGGAUGGACGACACGUGGAUUGAAACUUGAAAAAGUUGGCCAACUCAAUAUUUCAAGUUUUAAUGCUAUUCCCGCUAAAAAUCUUCCAAAAAGUUUUUAUGGUAAGUUCUCCCUGAUGAAAUUUGUUUAAUACCUUCGUCAUAUCUCUACAGGAACCUUUGUUGUAUUGGUAAAGGCAACAAGCAAUGACUUGCCAGCGCAAUUGGCCUAAUAUACAACUAUCCCCGAAGGGGAGGUGAAUAGUGGUGAAAAGUAACUUUUGGUAAAUUAAAAACAUCACUUUAUAGUUAGUAGGAAGUUUGUUUACAGUUUACAAAGAUUUCGGGGAUUUUGUCAAGUGCAGUGCAUGCUUCAUUUAUCGCUCAAAUUUCGUCUUCCGAAAAUGUCUCGAAACGAGACGCCAUCUUGGCUCCGGUCGCAAAACAGUGAACAGCCAAGGACAUUCCAAGUUAUGGGAGCCUGCAAUCACAACGCGCGAAAAGUGCUAUUUACUGAUUGGUAAAUAUUCAAACAGAAUAUCACGCUCAUGACAUAGCUCCUUUAUAUUUGUAUUUCCACAGUUCAUAUGAUUUAUCAUCUUCAAUAUUUAUUAGAUUACAUACGUUUUUCACGGAUAACAAAAGGUUCUUUGGAAAAGAUCAAUCUACGACAAUUGUGGUUUUGAUAUUGUGCCCGCCGCUCUCGUUCUUACUACUACGUAUACGCAGAUGUUUCGCCUAUGUGAGUGACAUAUUGGCAUAUAGCAUUGCCAAAGAAAACUCGUGCCUACUCUACGCAUAUCCACGAGUUAAAAGGGAUAUAAACUCGGGCAAAAAAAAGACACUUUUAUGCUUAUUGUGGAACAGAAAGUUCCUCUAAAGACGAAGUAACAUAUCUGCCUGAAUCACUUAGCUUUCAGUUGCAAUACAGUAGACGAAAUUUUAAUGUGAAGUAUGAGUUUUGUUUUUUGAAGAGGAAAGCAUCGCAAGGCCUUUUAAAAAAGGCCAUAAACAAUUAUAUAUUUUCUCCUAGUUUAUCUAUAGUGCGAGCUAAGUUCUUUGCCCUUUUUUGACUUUUUCUGCCCUUUUGCAACAGGGAAAAUUCUAAUACUUAUAUCAGCAUCUUUAUUUUUAUAGGUCUUCUCUGUCUCUGGCCAUCACGAUCCCUAAUCUUAUUCUGCCGCCGCUUUUCGAGUUUCUGUCCAUGUUUGAAGACUGGGGUCCAAAGUUUGAGCUAGGGCUUAAUCUGCUGAGACGAAUCCUUAUCAAGCUUCCUUCGGUUGCAGUACUGAUGAUCCUGUUGUAUAAAGAUCUUAACGAUCGUAUCCAGGACAGCGAGAGUUUGUCCUCCCACUGCCAACAAUGCUGGGAAAACGAGAUCGCGGCGCAGAUGUACAUGCUGGUGUGGGUGGAUUUUUUCGUGGUAUUAUUGAUCACCCUCGGACUUGAGACUCUACGGAAGUUUUUAUGCAAGAAAUGCAGAUGCCUUAGGGAGAAAGUUGGUAUUACCGAGUUCGACAUCUCUCGGAAUGUCAUUGACCUCGCUUACGGUCAGUGCCUUAUUCUUAUUGGCACGUUCUUCAGCCCCAUUCUUCCAAUCUUAGGGGUUCUGAAAAUGAUCGUGUUCUUCUACAUAAAGAAAGUGAGUCUUUUUUAUAACAAUCGCCUGCCAGACAAACCCGUUCAAGGCGCAAGGCUAAGUUCGAUUUUUGCCCUUCUAUUGCUCCUCACGUUUUUCAUGUGUAUUGGUCUUGUUGGAUGGGGCGUAACCAGAGUGCCAACCUCUUUCUGUGGUCCAUUCAAGAACAUGGAUUGCGACGCCAAUAGGUUCAUUAUUGACGAGCUCUCAUCUGCUGUGUCAAGCUGGCCUAGGUGGAUUCACAAGACAUUACGGUUUAUGCGUUCAGCGGCAUUUCUCCUACCCGUGUUAGUUCUGGUAAUCUGUCUCGUGUUUUACUAUAGAUCCAUGACGCAAGAGCACAGCCGUGUGAUUUCCAAGUUGAAGUAUCAUCUUGUUUUGGAAGGUAAAGCAAAGAAGCUUCUUCUUUUAAAGCUGCUUUCGUCCCGUGAAGAGAAAACUGAGGAACAGGAAAGUGUAAAAUAUAACGAAGACGACAUUCUACUCAUGUCUUUGGCUUUCUAA